AUGACUUCUCUUUGGAACAAGCUAAGCGAGAAGGAAACCAUAUGGCUUACCUUUUGGUUAACGAUUGCCGAAACCAUCUGUUUUGGCUUGGUCAUGUGGUGGUGGGAGUUCACUGUCAUUGAUGAAAUGUUUGAGGCUGAAGAAAUUGCCACUCAUAUUGGCAACAUGACAUUGCAACAGAGAAACGUGCAUAUUUGGAUGACGGCCACUUUGGACGUUCUGUAUCCAUUUACGUAUUCCAGUUUCUUUCUUGGUGUGGCCAUCAGAGCAUUCAAAGGUCACUGGCUGGCUAUUCUUCCCACACUGCUUUGUGUUCCCACAGACCUCACUGAAGGAUAUGCUCAAGUCAUGCUGUUGAGUGGCCAUAAAGAUUUCAUGGCCAUCAAGACCACUGCCACGCCUCUCAAACUGUUGCUGUUUGGGACAGCCUUGAUUAUCACCAUAUUGGGGGCAGCGCGACUUUGGUUAGAACCGGCACGUGGGACAGGAAAGAAGCAAAGCUAA